AUGAAGCGCAAUGAAGAGUUGGAGCGGGGUGAUGCUAGGGAGGCGGAGAUUGAACAACUCAAAAAUCAGCUCAAGGCAAAGACUCAAGAGGUCGCGGAGACCACGAAGGCUAGCUCGAUCAACUCCAGGAGACAGUCCACAGACUUGAUGGCUCAAAUGGAGCAGAUGAAGAAGCAACUGGAAAAUGCUAAGAAGGAGACUUGCGGGCCAGCGCCGGUCCAGCGUCAAAGUUCCUCCUCCAGAUGA